AUGUAGCCACUUUGUCCCACCCAGAAUUUUGUGAAAGCGUCCGUUGUUCUUUAUGGCUUUAACGGGUACGUGAGGCAGGACAUCGGUUUGAGGUCUUUUCAUCUAGAUGCCUGAAGUUGCAUUAAAGCAGAGGACGCAUUCAAGGGGCGCCCAGUUGGUCAGGGAAAACACUUCCAAACUUUGUAUGGGACAAAUGUGCGGAGCGUGCUGUAAACGUUACUGAGAGAAUGAAAACAGGAUUUGCUAGUUAGAACAAGCACCCACAUGCUUCAGCAUCGUUUCUAGGUUCUCCCGAAGAGGAAUUUGACACAUCACUGUGAUAAAAGGGAUGAAUGAGGGGCGAGCUGCCAUCUUCAGAAGGUGCCACCUCGGCUUGUCCAAGGCCAACGCCCUUGGGUCUGUACCAACCAAAGAUGUUUCCUCUGUGGACUUGGAAGACAGUGAGGCUGCUCAGCCUGAGAGUGAUGCAACCUUCCCUCUGUCUGAGCUCUCACACCUGUUUGAGAGCCAAGAUGGCUCCCCGUCAACUCAGGACACGAGUCAGGAGCCCGUCCUGGAGCCGGGUCAACCCGGCCAGCACUCUGACAGCAGAUAUAACCUGCGGAUGAAGUUCCAAGGUGCUUUCAAGAAGGGCAUAUCCACCCCAAUGGACCUACUGGAAUCCACCAUAUACGAGUCAAAUGUGGUUCCCGGUCCCAAAAAAGCACCCAUGGACUCACUCUUUGACUAUGGAACCUACAGAGACACAAGCAACCAGAAGAGACGUAGGAAGAAGCUCCCUAGAGGCAAAACAGAGGCAUCAUGUGAUGAGAGUCAAAGCUCUGACCCACCAAAAGUCAUGAAAAUAUUCAACCGCUCGCUCCUCUUCGACUGUGUGUCACGUGGAGACCCCGGGGACCUCGAGGGCCUGUUGGAGUACCUGCAAACUCACAACAAGAGGUUAACCGAUGAGGAGUUUAGAGAGCCAUCCACAGGUAAGACAUGUCUGCCAAAAGCUUUGUUAAACCUUUAUGGUCGUCAGAACAACACCAUCCCAGUGCUGGUGGACAUAGCAGAGAAGACUGGAAAUCUCAGGGAGUUCAUAAAUACGCCCUUCAGGGAUGUCUACUACAGAGGCCAGACAGCUCUCCACAUAGCCAUUGAACGACGCUGUAAGCAUUAUGUGGAGCUGCUGGUGGUGAAGGGAGCUGAUGUUCAUGCCCCAGCGAGAGGGCGCUUCUUCCAGCCCAGAGACGAGGGCGGCUACUUCUACUUCGGUGAGCUGCCUCUCUCCCUGGCUGCCUGCACUAACCAGCCCGAUAUAGUGCACUACCUGACUGAGAAUCCGCACAAAAAGGCUGACCUGCGGCGCCAGGAUUCACGCGGAAACACGGUGCUGCAUGUGCUGGUGCACAUUGCCGACAACACCAAGGACAGCACACGGUUCCUCACAAAGAUGUAUGACCUGCUGCUAAUCAAGGCUGCCAAGCUUUACCCAGACUGCAACCUGGAGACAGUUCUCAACAACGAUGGCAUGUCGCCUCUCAUGAUGGCUGCCAAACUGGGCAAGAUAGGGAUUUUUCAACACAUUAUCCGACGUGAGAUCAAAGAUGAGGAAGUUCGUCAUCUGUCUCGGAAGUUUAAGGACUGGGCUUACGGUCCGGUGUACUCCUCCCUCUAUGAUCUGUCAUCACUGGAUAAAUAUGGAGAGGAACCAUCUGUCUUGGAAAUCCUUGUCUACGCCAGUCAAAAUGAGAACCGCCAUGAGAUGCUGGCAGUGGAGCCCAUCAAUGAGCUGUUGAGGGCCAAAUGGCGCAGGUUUGCUGCUGUCACUUUUUACAUCAGCGUGGUUUCCUACCUCAUCACCAUGAUCAUAUUCACCCUAGUGGCUUAUUACCACCCAACAAAUGGAAAGCCUCCGUACCCCUAUACCACAUCUUCUGACUACUUGCGGAUGGCGGGGGAGAUUGUAACACUGGCAUCAGGUAUCUUCUUCUUCCUCACAAAUAUUAAGGACCUCUUCCUGAAAAAGUGCCCUGGGGUGAAGUCUUUAUUUAUUGAUGGAUCCUUUCAACUGCUGUACUUCAUCUACUCUGUACUGAUUAUAGUCACAGCUGCUCUUUACCUGUCUGGCAUCGAGGCCUACACCGCUGUGAUGGCGUUUGCACUUGUACUGGGCUGGAUGAACACACUUUACUUCACCAGGGGCCUGAAGCUCACGGGCACCUACAGCAUCAUGAUACAAAAGAUUCUUUUCAAGGACCUUUUCAGGUUUCUGCUGGUGUAUGUGCUCUUCAUGAUUGGUUAUGCAUCAGCUCUGGAAUCCCUGCUGGCAGUGUGUCCUCCAAAUGGCACAGAGUGUGACGGGGGCUGCCCCACCUACCCCUCAUGCAGGGACAAUGACACUUUCAGUACUUUCCUUCUGGACCUUUUCAAACUGACCAUUGGAAUGGGAGAACUGGACAUGAUCUACAGCGCACAGUAUCCAGCCGUCUUUCUCAUCCUGUUAAUUACUUACAUCAUCCUCACCUUCGUGCUGCUACUCAACAUGUUGAUCGCUUUGAUGGGGGAGACGGUGGGCCAGGUGUCCAAGGAGAGCAAGAAAAUCUGGAAGCUUCAGUGGGCAACAACUAUCUUGGACAUCGAGCGCUCAUUCCCGGUCUGCCUUCGCAAGUCUUUUCGAGCUGGAGAGAUGGUGACUGUGGGGAAGAAUUAUGAUGGCACGCCGGAUCGGCGCUGGUGUUUCAGAGUGGAUGAAGUUAACUGGUGUCACUGGAAUCAAAACCUGGCAAUAAUUAACGAGGAUCCGGGCAAGAGUGAGACCAGCCAAGCCAAUGGGUUGCAGCAAAGUGUUAAAGCUCUCAGGAGAGAUCGCUGGUCCACAGUGGUCCCGCGGGUGGUGGAGUUAAGUAAAGGUUCCCAUCCUCGUGAUCUAGUGGUAGAGAUGGAGCCGCUGACAUCCAGGCACUGAUGCCUGCAGAUGAUGAGUGCUGUCCUUGUUAUGAGGAGACAGCAGAAAGCCAUCAGCAUCAGUGAAAUCACUUUGCGGGGAACGAUUUGGCCAAUAAGUGUACUAAUUUGCACGUGUCUCAUGUGCCUUUUGUUCAGGAGAGAUGUAGUGAAUAUAACAGCAGCGCACUCAGUGUAAUAGGACAGACGAUUGAGCUCGCAGAGACACUGGAUAAAGAAUUGCUGAGUUAAAAACAUUAAAUGCUGUUAAAAACAAACCCAGAGAGAAAAAAGGAUAACAAAAAUGUGUUUUGUAAGCAGCGAGCUGCAAUUGGUUUUCUACUUGUCACAUAAGAACAGGAAAUAUCACAAAAAUGUACUGUACCUCCAUUUUUCAGACAUUAGUGUCAGACUACUCAGGGACAGUCAGAAUAUUCAAGCAUUUACAGUGCCAUGUACUUAACAAUAUUGCAUUAGCAGGUAACAGUAGUAAAGAAAGCUUUAAAAAAACUCUAAAUAUGCAUGUAUAAUCACAAUGAGAGAUAUUUCUUUAAGAAAAUAUUGCAAUAAAUAUUUAUAGAUGUGUAGAAUAGAAAUCACUGUUAUUUUUCUUGCUUUGUAUUUUGUCAAGUCCUCUCCUGUGUGUAAUUACACUGAACAUGCUGAUUUGACUGUUAAUUUUUUUAAAGUGCAGAGGAUCAGUGUAUGCAAAUAGGACACAUCUAUUUUAUAGAAUUGAUUUCUUUCAUUUUUUUAUAUUAAUGAAAUAGUUUCCAAACUUUGCAAGUCUCAGGCUAGGACUUCCAGCUCAGGCAGCACAGCUUUCAUUUGAACUGAAACACUAUGCACUGUGCCAGUUUGUGAUGUGUGCAUUAUUGCGUGUAUGCAAAGACAUUAUUCUGAACACGAUGGGCAUGAUGAGAAGGUUAUAGUUGUCAACCAAAUAUGCAAAUGCAAGACAAUAGCCUUCCGUGUUCUUCUUUGCAGCUGGGGUAUUUGCAUAAUCAACUCUCAGGACUUGCCAUUAUGUACUUCCCCUUAUUUGCUGCAGUGUUUUCAUUGCAAUUGGCUCUGUGCCCUAUAUAGCUUCUUUUUUGUUUUUUUUAACACACAUCUACUGCAUGUUUGUGUUACUGUAUUACACAACAGCUGAUGGGCUGUACAAUUCAUUUUCACUUAUUCAUUACUGUUGAAAGUCACACAUUAUGUUUACAUUUUUUAAAGUAUGACUGCACAUUUUUAUGCUGUUUGUAUACUGCUGCACAGAACAGUAAAAACUGACUCUAUUUUAUAAACUAUACAGUUUUGGGGUUUUUUUGCCUUUUGAGUGCAUUUUCUUCAGAACGUGUUUUCCAAUAAGGCUUUCAAUGAAUAAACUACUAUUAAUACUAUGCGAUUUUACUGCCAAAGAUGGAUAAAAUCUGACAUUAGACCACAGUGAUGUUCUAAUGUGGUCUAACCCUUGUGAAAAGAAAGAAAAGAAACCCCACUGCCACUCAAAGGAAAAGGAUGUUUAUUGUGUGUUAAUCAUUGCUGUCUUUAUUUCAGUU